AUGGCUGAACUGAUGACAGAGGCAUGGGUGGUGCACCUUGUGGCUCUCACCGAGAUUCAGUCCCUGGAUCCACACCCCAAGAAGUCUCCAGCUCUCAGGCCCACGUCCCCUGAGUCGCCUCCAGUUCCUCAGUCUGCUCCGGCUUUGCAGCGUCCGACGCCAAAGUUACUGUCAGCUCCGGUUCUGCAGCCUCCCAUGCCUGCUCCCCGGUCCUGCGCGGCGCAAUGUCUGAUGUCGGCUCCUAGGUCCACGCAGCCGGUGGCUCCUCCCUGUCCAUUGGUUUCAGGCCCCAAGGGGUUCUCUACAAGAGACGCUCCUUGUCUGUGGCCCGUGGUUCACCCUGCUGAGAAGAUUGCUCCUCUUCGACCUCUGGCACCUGGGCUUGCUAUGAGGUGGACAUUACCGAGCUCCCAAGAGCUCCCUUCCGUUCGACCUCCUGGUUGCCUGCCAGAGACUCUGCUCAUGUCUGUGCGACCUCCCGGUCGCCAGCCAGAAUUAUUAACUUGUGCCUGUGCUCUAGAGAUUCAGUCAGCGCGUCCCCUUGUGCUCCAGCAGCUCCACUCUGCACGCCUGCCAGAGGCCCAGUUCCAGCCCGUGCAGCCCUCUGGCCGUCCGUCAGAGAAUCCGCCUGCUCGGCCGCCGGAGAUCCAGCCUGCUCGUUGUCCAGGUCUGCCUCCAGAGCUCUGGUCCAGGUCAGCUCAUCCUCCGGGUCCUCCUCCCAUGACCCGGCCCAAAUCUGCUUGGUGUCCCAGCCGUCCGUCUGUAGUCUGUCUGCUGUCGUCGCAGCCUCACGGCCGGCCUCCUGCAUCCUGA